GCAAAACUACCUCAAUAAUUGGAUAUAGAAAAAAUCAACUAAACCAGGAGUUUCAUGGGGAUCUGUUCGAGCGGUAUAUUUAAACACGUGUAUAUUAGUAGACUGUAUAAAAGUUAAAAUGAAAACGCUGUUCGGAAAGGCAACGUAGGUGAAAUUUCAUACUAGGGCUCCUGGCGCCCUUCCUAUUGGCUGACGCCAUCGCGGUGAUUUGCAUAGACCCGCCCAGGCAGGUUACGUCUGGGAGAAAAGACGCGCAAGCGGGUCUGUCGGACAGUCUGGGUACCAGGACGCAAAUGGAGCUGUGAUGAAUAGACUUUUUCUCCUUGCUUCCGAGUUCACCGAAGAUCUCAGCAAGUCCUCCUUGCACAGAAGAUCUUGUGCCGACUUUUAGAGCUAUUUCUAAAUUGCAGCCGGGGGAUCCUUUCUACCUUACAUGACUCUGACCGCGAGGGCCUUUAGUAAUGUCGCCAGCUUUGCCAGAGUCCUUCACGCUUAAGCCCUCUGGGGAGAAGAGGAGCUGGCUGCAUAGGUCUGGAGCUACAGCCCCAGCUGCGAAAGAGAAGCUGUCCCAGCUUCAGCCCAGCGGCCUGCGUACAGAGCAGCAGGUGUGGGAUCGAAGAGUUCACUGUGUUUCCCAGCACUGGAGCCUGGUCAGGCGGGCCACGCUCAUGCAGCGCCGCGUCAGGACUCUCCUGGGGGAGCACACCAUCCAGCACUUCGUCCGCCAGCUGGACACCCUGAGGGAGCGGUGUCUUGAGAAGGACGCACUCCCAGCAUCCCCUGGUCCUCUACCACAGGAGUCGAGCUUCCCUGGGAUUGCAGAAGCUGGUCUCACACAUGCUCGUCAGGGCCAGGAUGCCUCGAGGGACAUCCAGCGCCUUGCCAGCCGUAUUCAGGUGGUCAUGAAAGAGGCUCAGCUUGACUCUGAUGCCACAGAGAGCAGCUCAGAUGAGGAGCCUGACCGCGAUGUCACACCAGGACCACAGGGGGCGCAAGUCCGCGGCGGGCGGGAGUGGCGCUGGCAGAACAAGCGCGCUGAGAUCGGCAGCCGUUGGGCCUGGUUGCAGGUGCGACUGGCAGAACUGGGAGCCCAGAUCCAGAUGCUCGAUAACUUUCACAGGAGGAUCGUCUCCAACAAGGGGCGGGUGGUCCUGGCAGGGCCAUGGUCCUCAGCAGGCAACAUGGGCCAACAGGCAUGCUCCUUGCAGACGGGACCCUCCUCUGCUCAUCCCUGCUGCUCUAAUGACUCCGCCUCCGAUCCGGAGGCAGAGCCCAGCAGCCCCACGCGCCUCCUGAGGAACAUCGAGAGGCAGAGCGCCCAGUUGGCACAGAUUGUGAGCAGACUGAGGGAGCCCCUGUGCUCAGCCCCCCUGACCGUGCCGGAGCCCACCCUCCCCAGCAAGGGGACCGACAGGAGCAAACAAGUUCAUCUUACGACGCGCCAGAGUCGUUGCAGGAAGUCCAGCCAAUCAGCUCGUACACGCCCCCUCCUCACCUACCAUAAGCGCCGCCUCUUCACUUUUGACUCCCGAUGUCCAGGCAUGCAGCAGCCCAGACUGUCGAUGUCCUUACUGCCUGCACAGGAGCCCAGCCUCGCUUGCCCGCUCUGUGAAUUCUGCUGUCCAAUAGCUGUGAGCACAGAGCCCCAUUGCUCCAGAGAGGCCCCCGUGGGAGUGGAUGAGAUAAAGUGGGCGGAGCUAAUGAGGCCUCACCCAGUGCUGUCCCUCUCAUCAGAGACUCCACUUUCCCUCUACCUCCAAAGUGCUUUCUGUAGAGAUGCUAGGGUCCAACAGCCAGCACUGGUUCGGAUAGAGAGGUCAAGCCCAUGUUUUCUGCCUCCAUCUAGGGAUGCUGUAUUUAGGACCCCACCUAUGCUUGUGUUCAGCUCCAAUCCGAAGCGUCAGACGUUCCACAGAGAGGGGUCUCCUUUCACCCGACGAGGGCGGAGGAAGCGGAUUCACUCAAACAGGAGCUCAGAGGGCAGGGAAAGAGGCUGCCAAUCAUAUGCAGACCACUUCAGUAACCCUUCCACGGGCACGGAGGACAGCCCUGAGGGGGUCAUGGUCCCCCAGGGCACCCUGACACAGCAGAGGUGGGGAGGCUUGGGCCAACGUGGAGGGCUCUCUAUUGACAUCGAUGAUGUCAUCAUUCCCAUUUCCCUGGCAACCGCAACCAAGAGGAAGGAAUUGCAGCAGAAGCAUAUCAUCACACCCAGCUGGCGUGUCAUUGAGAUCGGGCCUCUAGAUGCUGGAGAAGAAGCCCCUGUAGAGCUGGAGGCGGUCUCAGACAAGGUCUUCGCCUGCAGACAUCUGCCUUACGAGGCCGCAGAGAGGCUCCGCUGGUACGGCUGGAAGUGCGGCCGGGGCCGGAGGCGGACUGACAGUCCUGCCUGGAGCGGAAAGGCCCAGAGUGAGCCGUCUGCGCAGUCAGACAGAUGAUGAGGAGGACAGCAGACGGCUUCAGCUUCACCGCCGCCCAUGAUGGUAUUGGGGGGGGGGGGGGGGGGGGGGGGCAGGCGAGUUCCCUCCUGGCAGAAUGGUUGCUAAUUCAGGGUGAGCAGCCAUGACUUCCCCCUGUAGGAUGCCUAAGUAGACAUCACAAUUUGCAGAGAGUAAUGCUGAGAUACCACACGGCCAAAACUGGAUGCAUGAAUUUUAAUGGCCGGACGAGACUUUAUACAAUUGUUUUAUAUUUUGGACAGUUUCUAGCUUUUAAAGCUUUGAUCCACAAUCUGAACAUUAAACACUUUUAUAAAAACACCUGUGGUGUUCCUUCAACUGUGUUGUGUCUAACGUAGGUGGUUCAGUUGGCGUGUAUUUUCAGCAAGUUGACCCUGAUUACAGAGAACUCAUGGCCGGGGCGGUGUGAAGGGAUACAUGCUGUUUUGGGUUAUGGGUCAGCAGCAUCUGCAGCACGUUGCUAUCAUGGCUGUAUGUGUGUGAGCUACAAAUGCUUUUAAGUAUGUUUGUUAAGCGUUUUGAGCCUUGUGGAGCCUGACAAUCAGAACAAAAUCACAUGUCUUAGUGAAGUGUGCUUCCUUUAAUUCAGGUCUUUGGUUGAGGUCCUUCAUAUGGAUAUAUUAUCCUAUCCUAUCGUAUCCUAUCCUGU